AUGGCUGGCUCAUACUUGCAUCUCCCUUACACAGAGCUCAGACUAGUCAACGGCUCUGACCCCUGCUCAGGUCGAGUGGAACUUAAGUACCUCGACGAAUGGGGCACGGUGUGUGAUGCGUCAUGGGACAUGAGAGUUUCUAACGUCCUCUGUCGGCAGCUGAAUUGUGGGAGUGCCUUGGCCGUAGUGGGGGCGGACUGGUUUGGGGAGGGCAGUGACCCAGUACGGGCUGAUGUGUUUGAUUGCCAGGGGAACGAGACACGCCUCUCAGCAUGUCACAGGUCCCUCAGACUGGUGGGUUCUGGGAGUGAGUGUGCAGGGCGUCUGGAGGUUUUCCAUGAAGGCUCAUGGGGAACAGUGUGUGAUGACUCCUGGGAUCUGGCGGAAGCCCAGGUGGUGUGCAGACAGCUGCAGUGUGGAGAGGCCCUCAGUGACCCAGUUCCAGCCUGGUUUGGUCCUGGAACUGGACCCAUUUGGCUGGAUGAGGUGGAGUGCCUGGGGAACGAGACGUCUCUGUGGAGUUGUUCAUUAAAGGGGUGGGGUCAACAGUCCUGUGGACACAAGGAGGACGUGGGAGUGGUGUGUUCAGAGUUUAAAGAGAUCAGACUGAAUGAAGGCUGCUCUGGGAACCUGGAGGUUUUUUACAAUGGAACCUGGGGUAAUGUCUGCAUGAACCAGAUGGACUCAGACACAGCGACUUUAAUCUGCCAAGAGCUGAACUGUGGAAAGAGCGGCAGCGUCAGUCCUGAGGCCACACCCAGACUGGCUUCAGCUAAAAACUGGCUGGACUCUGUGACCUGCAGAACACAUGACUCCACUCUGUGGAACUGUCCAUCUUCACCGUGGGAUCAGAAUGACUGUAAUUCAUUUGAAGUGGCCGAAAUUACCUGUUCAGACAGCGUGAGACUGGUGGAUGGUGGUAGUCGCUGUGCUGGGAGAGUGGAGGUUCUUCAUGAGGGACAGUGGGGGGCAGUGUGUGAUGAUGGCUGGGAUAUCAUUGACUCUAUGGUAGUGUGUAGAGAACUGGGCUGUGGGGUGGCUGUAGAGGCAAAAAGAAAUUCACAGUUUGGUCCAGGAUCAGGACCAAUCUGGAUGGAUGAAGUGAACUGUAGUUUUUCAGAUAUCACACUGAAGAACUGCAGAUCAGAUGGAUGGGGUAAACAUAACUGUGAGGAUGAAGACCACGCUGGAGUCAUCUGUUCAGGUCAGGUCAAACUGGUUAAUGGCAUUCACCUGUGCUCUGGGAGAGUGGAGACACUUUGUGGGAAGACCUGGGAUACGGUGUGUGACGCUGACUUUGACCUGCAGGAUGCAGAGGUUGUGUGUCGAGAGCUGGACUGUGGGGUUCCUGUAGAGGUGCUGGGAGCAGCUGCUUUUGGCAAAGGGGAGGCUUACACAGAGCUCAGACUAGUCAACGGCUCUGACCCCUGCUCAGGUCGAGUGGAACUUAAGUACCUUUACGAAUGGGGCACGGUGUGUGAUGCAUCAUGGGACAUGAGAGUGUCUAACGUCCUCUGUCGGCAGCUGAAUUGUGGGAGUGCCUUGGCCGUAGUGGGGGCGGACUGGUUUGGGGAGGGCAGUGGCCCAGUACGGGCUGAUGUGUUUGGUUGCCAGGGGAACGAGACACGCCUCUCAGCAUGUCACAGGUCCCUCAGACUGGUGGGUUCUGGGAGUGAGUGUGCAGGGCGUCUGGAGGUUUUCCAUGAAGGCUCAUGGGGAACAGUGUGUGAUGACUCCUGGGAUCUGACGGAAGCCCAGGUUGUGUGCAGACAGCUGCAGUGUGGAGAGGCUCUCAGUGUUCCGGUUCCAGCCUGGUUUGGUCCUGGAACUGGACCCAUUUGGCUGGAUGAGGUGGAGUGCCUGGGGAACGAGACGUCUCUGUGGAGUUGUUCAUUAAAGGGGUGGGGUCGACAGUCCUGUGGACACAAGGAGGACGUGGGAGUGGUGUGUUCAGAGUUUAAAGAGAUCAGACUGACUGAAGGCUGCUCUGGGAACCUGGAGGUUUUUUACAAUGGAACCUGGGGUAAUGUCUGCAUGAACCAGAUGGACUCAGACACAGUGUCUUUAAUCUGCCAAGAGCUGAACUGUGGAAAGAGCGGCAGCGUCAGUCCUGAGGCCACACCCAGACUGGCUUCAGCUAAAAACUGGCUGGACUCUGUGACCUGCAGAACACAUGACUCUACUCUGUGGAACUGUCCAUCUUCACCGUGGGAUCAGAAUGACUGCACUGCAUUUGAAGUGGCCGACAUUACCUGUUCAGGUAAAGUCAGCAUCACUAUCUAA